AUGGAAAUCCGACCCGAGCUUUUAUAUCAUGUAUUAAUCACUGUCAUUGACUAUGAUAAGGACCCCUCUGGUGCUCAACGCUCCACUUAUGUUCUCGGCACGCGAGGUUCCCUCGAGUCGGCUAAAAGCUCAGCUUACCGAGUUUUAAACACCCUUCGGUAUACGCCUGGUGACUUUGCCGAAUAUGCCGUACACUCAAGUCAUCAGGGGACGUGGAGAUAUGGCGAAGGUGUUAUGGUAUACGCCAGGACACCAGCUGGUCGAACCUUUUUAAUUUCACUGCAAGCAACCCCAAACGACGAUCAAUUUGUAGUCCAAUACGACGGCAGCAUUAUGCUUCCUAAAGGAAUAUCAUCUCUGCAAUACAUUUUGCAAACAACCAUCGACUACAAUAAGGAUAGGAGUGGCGCUCAACAGGAGACGCAGAUCGAGGGAACAUUUCUUCACCGAUCAGAAGCGCUGGCAGCAGCCCGCAACUUACUAGACCCGCUUGACUUUGAAGACUUUGAGACCCCAGAAAAGAUGGACGGAGAAUGGCCUUAUGGUGACAACGUCGUGGCCCAUGCGAUUUCGGAGUCUGGUCUCAAUUUAUUUGUCGCUGUACAAACUACCUCAUGCAUUGAAGGGACAUUCAACGGCCUGUAG